GUUAUUGAGCGCUUAAACCCGAAGAUCAUUCUCUUUUCAGGUAUCCUCCCGCGGGAACGAAAUUUAUUCGAGAAUGGUUUCAACCCGUACAGUUUAAAGAAGCUGAACAGAAAAUUAGCUCGGAUAAACACUAAUCUUUUCGAAGCAUUCAAAGGCCGAGAAGCUUUUUCUUUUUGCAGAUCUGGUGAGUACUAUUGGAGUACUUGUCUGUCAAGAGACGGAUUGCAUCUGAACCGUAAGGGUAAUGCACAGCUUGGGAGAAUUUUUGUGAAGGACAUAAAGAGCGUUUUGAAUGUGAAAUCCCUUCCAAAGGUAAGUGCUACAUCUUUUUCCUCUGUAUCUGCUAGUAUUGAGUUUCCAGCUUUAUCCACUGUUUCAGGAAAACAUCCUUCUGUACCUAUCACGAUUUUGGAUAAUUAUCCUCGUGCUUCUGUCAUUUCAGAUACUUCAAGUACUCACUCUAAACCUCUUUAUUCAAGUGUUUUGAAACGGGUUUCUUCUGUUUGCAGCACUUUGGAUAGUCAUCCUGAUACUUUAGGCUUAUCAGAUUCUAGUGUUUCAGUUUUGUGUGUUCCUUCGAAACCACUUUAUUCAAGUGUUUUGAAACGGGUUUCGCAUGUCUGCACUACAUUGGAUAGUCGUCCUAAUGCUUUAGCAUUACCAGGUGUUUUGACUGAUUUGGAUAACCAUCCCAGUAUUUCAGUAUUGUUGGAUUCUCCUGAUGUUCUUUCUAAACCUCUUUAUUCAGAUGUUUUAAAAUAUGGUUCUACCAACACGUCUUUGGAUAAUCAUCCCAGUGGUUUCUUGUUAUUGGAUUUUCCAGUUCUUGAGCCUAUAGCCAAUAUUGUUUUGAGUAUUCUUGACAUCACUGCACCAGUUUCUCCGGAUUCCAGUACUCCAUCUGUUCAUCUAAGUGUAUCUGUUUCUCAGCUUUCUGGUUCUUUGUAUCCUGUUACAGUUGCUUCUGAGCUUGCAAUUAAUUCCAAUUUCAUCUGCUUCUCAGACUGCUUUAUAAGAUUUUUCCAUUUCUUGAAAGUGCUGUUAACACUGGUCCAAAUGUUAAUGCCAUUGCAUCUGUUCCCCAAUUUUCUGUUGCUUCUGUGCUCAAUUCUGAAUCUUCUGGUUAUUUAGGUUCUGCUUUUCAGGUUCUCACCUAUUCUAGUUCUCCUCCU